AUGACGAUUUGUACCUCCCCGAAGCUCGUUGGCAACACUGUGGAGCUGUACCACCUGCUGGGGACAGGUGGGUUCGGCAAGGUGUACUUUGCAUACGACAGGAAGCGUCAAAUUAAUGUGGCUGUAAAGGUAAUGGCAAAGCAAUUGGUGGAUAACAUCGGUCUAAAGUCGUACGUGGACCGGGAGAUUGAGGUGAUGCGGAAGCUCAGACACAAACACGUCGUAAAGAUGCUCGACGCGAUCGAGUCAACGACGGCAUAUAACAUUGUCAUGGAGUUGGCCCCGAACGGAGAGCUGUUUGACAAGAUUGUGACGUCAGAGCGCUUUGAUGAGAAAACGGCCCGCCACUAUUUUCAGCAGCUUAUCUCUGCGGUGCACUAUUGUCACGGCCUCAACAUUGCACACCGUGACCUCAAAGCUGAGAAUCUUCUUCUUGGUGAAAAUAAUGAGUUGCGGGUCUGUGAUUGGGGCCUUGCCAGAUACACAAAGGAGGGGCAGUCCUCGAAUGAACCCCCUGUCCUUUUUCACUCACUUGCGGGAAGCAUUGACUACCAAGCACCAGAGGUGUUUUCUCGCCAAGGAUAUGAGGGAACCGCAUGUGAUAUGUGGAGUUGCGGGGUUAUUCUGUUUUUUAUGUUGUGUGGAUACCUUCCGUUUGCAGAUGUAACAGACGCCGCAACCAAACAACGCAUCCUUAAGUGCAAAUAUAACGCAAAGAACCGGUACCUUACCCAGGAAACCAGUGAUCUUAUUGCGCACCUAUUACAGAUCAAUCCGAAGGACCGUUAUGACACCUUGGCCGUCAUUUAUAACCCAUGGUUUCAGGUGGACUUGGACCCCAGCCUCUUUCCUGAUGCAUCUCCGACCACUAUGGCCUCACCAAACAGCCCCAGUAAUGGUGCGGCCUUUAAGAUAAUUCCCUCACCAAGUGAAGCUGCCUCAGGCAGGAAUUCACCGCAAGAACAAUUGCAGAAUACAAUUCACCGAGCCUUUGUUACGUGCAAUGUCAAUGGCACUGGGUUCCUCAGUAAAGAGGAAGUGCGUGACGCACUUAUCAAGCUUAACGGUUGUCGGGAGGUAUCAAAUGAAGAGGUGGAAAAAUUCAUGUCAAAUUUCUCGCUGAAUAAAGACGGUUGCAUUUCCGAGCCGGAGUUUGUCAUUGGCUACAUUAACCACCAGGAUCUUGGAAAGAAGUAUAGUAUUGGUCGUAUGGCUGACCUGUUUCACUUUACACUGGAGAAGCAAUUAGUCGUGGAACUUCGCGAAGCGUUCAACGAGCUUGAUGUGAGGCAUAUGGGAGUGAUUACGCCAGACAGUUUAAAGGAGUUGAAAUUUGAAUUUUCGGAGGAAGAUAUAAAGAACUUCUUUGAGCUCAUUGAUCCCGACCAUCAUGGCGAGCAAAGAAUUACAUUUGAACAAUUCAUCGAGCUCUGCUCGAGGAUUGAUAAAUUCAAAGAACACCCCCUCAUACAGCGACUCCACCGCUCCGAGAAGUUUUUUAAUUUCCUCGACAGAAAGUUUCUCCCUCAUAUUGGCAUAGGGUUUAACGUGAGGGGGAGAACAAGGUAUAUUUGUGAUAUCCUCAUGUCGAAGCAAAAAGAGCUCUCAACGCAGUUUGAGGUCAAUACAUGUGGGACCAUAUAUGCCACCUAUUCAGAAUCCAAUAAAGUCGUGCUUGAGGCCGGUAUUCGCCUUCUUGCCAUUGUUGAAGGCUACACCAAAGUGGGACCGUACCGCAUCGCGGGCAAGACAACGGUAUUUCACAGCUGGCUCUUGAAAUUGCGUAGGGUACUUAUGAAGGAGAUUCUGAGUUGCGAGAAUGACAUAUCACUGAAAGGGGAAGCUGAGCUGCUUUAG